CACAGCAACUUUCAGAUGAGGUGCAGCAGACCUGGUCUGGAGAGCCCCCAUGACACACACAAUGUUGAAUUUACUAGCUACUGUUUUCUGUGCGUAUUUGGCACAAUCUAGUGCCAUUCUCACCAGCAGCUCUCCUAGUAUCCUGUCUACACACUGGCUGAUAUUUCCAAUGCAGUACUCAGCAAUAACAAAAAAUGGCACUCAAGGUAAAAUUGGAGCUUCAGCAAUCAAGUUUGUUGGAGGAUACAGUCAUUCAAAUACAGUAACCUGUUAUGGAAGCAGUGGCCAGCCAUAUGAGGGCAUUCCAUGUGACCAGGAGAACUGUGUACCUCUUACCUGGGUCUGCGAUGGAGAGCGGGAUUGUGAUAUGACAAAUGCUGUUCAUCAAGGUGGAGCUGAUGAAGCACAUUGUGGACAACGCCGGUGCCCAAGUGACAAAUUUGAAUGCACAGUCAGAGGGUCUGUUGCGUGCCUGGACAAGAAACAAGUGUGUGAUGGCCAUGUCGACUGCCAAGAUGGAUCAGAUGAACGACCAGCGGGUGGAUGUCCCCACAGAAACUGCCGUGGUCCAGGUCGCAUUCCGUGUGCUGACAGGCGUGGAUGCAUAACGCCUAAUCAGCAGUGUGAUGGUCGCAGAGACUGCCGUGAUGGUUCAGAUGAGACUGGAUGCCAACGCUGCCACUCGGAGUUCGAGUUCCAGUGUCACAACAAACGCUGUGUACCACAAGCAUGGUUAUGUGAUGGCCAAGCAGACUGUGAAGACGGAGAAGAUGAGAAUUAUUACAACUGCCGAGAGCAUUUCACACUUCAGCGUGUAAUACAGCCACUGUUAUUUGCGGCCAAUUUGUAAGGUGGUUGUACAGAAAGUAGCAUGGUUUGUGCUCAAGAGAUGGUCUACUGAAAUACUAUACAUAUUUUGAACAGUA